AAGCUUAUGCUGGUCUUGGCAAUCGCCAGUUGGCCGGCUUCACAUUUGGUCAGUUGUGAGUGACGACAGUUCAGUAUAAUCGCAGUCAGUGAUAACAGACUAUCUUUAUCAAAUACUCUGAAUAACAAGUUGUUGAGGUCAUAAGAAAAUAAAAAAAUGGCUGAUGACCCUGGAGAAGACGAAGUAGUACUCUUAGAUCCAAGACGAAAUCAAUAUAUGGAGAAGAAAAAACUUUUUGAGGAGAUGCUAUUGAAAGAAAUACCAGGUACUAGUAGAGCAAACGAACCAAUGCACGCCGUUCUUGAGGGUGAAGUUGCAGAAAGUGAGAUGACUGAAGGCAAAGAAGCUCAGAAUGUCAGAAAUCGUGCUCUACUUCAUUAUCUGGCAUCAUUGGCAAACUCCAACAGUACUAAAGACACAUUUGACUUCGAUUUUGUCGAAUCUUUAUUCAAAAAUGGUGCGGAUGUGAACAGUGCAGACAAGACAGGUCAGACAGUGUUUCAUGAAGUAGCCAGGUCUUGGAAUGUCGAUGUCGCGAAAUUUCUUCUUAACCAUGGUGCCAAUGUGAACCAACAAGAUCAGUAUGGUAGGUCACCACUUCACGUUGCUGCCGCAGUCGAUUACGCCGAAAUGGUUGAUUUUCUUCUAGAGAAUGGGGCCGAUAUUGAUAUUAAAACAUCUGGCGAAGGACAGACUCCAAUACAUUUUGCUGCAAAAAAUGACGCCAUCAACUCACUUCAGAUGUUGCUAGGAUACGGGGCAGAUAUUGACGGACGUGACAGUAAAAAUAGAACUCCACUACAGGUGGCUGCUGAAAUGAAUCGUUCUAAAGCUGCAAAACUCCUGAUUGCUAAAGGUGCUCCAGCUGGUGUUUGCGACAACUUGGGAAACUCUGCCUUGUCACUCCUCAUUGAAAAGAUCCCUGAAGUGGCUUUAGAUGCAAUGGAUCAGUUUCACUCGGUGGAUACAGUCAAUCGUAAAGAAUUCUAUUUUCUCAACUAUCUUGAAAGCACAAAGCUAAAAGAGAAGAAGACGCCUGCUAGAACUCCACUCGAGAUUGCUGUUCAGAAUGAGAGAUUUGAUAUCAUCAUGCAUCCCGUCAUGCAACGUUUGAUUGGAGUGAAAUGGCAAAUGUACGGCAAAUGGGCUGCGAUUCUUGAUCUUGUUUUGAAUUUAUUAUAUACGAUAUUGUGGACAAUCCUUGCAGUUACCUUGCCAAGACACGGAAAAGAUUUGUACGUCCCUCUAGUUUCCAAUAUCUGGAGAAUUGUCAUUGUUGGAAUCCUAAUUUUACUCACAUUGAACGAAAUAAGAAAACAAAUUCUCAAUACGAUAAGAACUCAACGAGAUCACAAAGGGUGGAAAGAAUGGCGAGCUUCUGAACUUGAACGUGACAUUGAGUACUGCCAUCCACGUUGGCCACAAGAAGCUCAAUACGUCAACGCAGAGAUAAAAGCUGUUCGAAAUCUUUCGCUUAUGUCAGGCUCUGAUCACUGGAUCUAUUUCGAUUGGGUCGCACUCGUUCUUAUCUUCGCGACAAUCGCAUCUCACUUGGUUUUCUUCCACUACAGCACAGAUCUAUCCAAAGAAGUUCAUCAUUAUAUAACAAUGCCACUGCUUCUGGUACUUUGGUUAAGGAUGUUUAAAUAUGCAAGGCCAUUUGAGGGAGCGGGACCUUUUAUCGUCAUCUUUGGCAGUGUAGUUGGGGACAUAGUAAAAUGGGGAUUUUUCAAUAUCAUCAUAUGUAUACCAUUCGCCUGUGCAUUUUGGAUGACAUUUGGUAAUGUCUCAACGAAGCCCGUCGAAGGUUACAACAAAGUUGGUCCGCUGUUGUACAACAUCUUCUCGAUGAUGGUUGGAAAUGGUCAUCGUUUUGAGUAUUUGGAGAGAACCAAACCAUUCAUGGCCAGAUUGUUAACAGCAAGUUUUAUUGCCGUCGGAGCAAUCGUUACGCUUAACUUGCUUAUUGCGCUUCUCACAAACACCUUUGAAAGACUUUAUGAGAAUGCCAUCGCAAAUGCUGUCAUGCAAAGAGCAAGGACUUUACUUCUUCUCGAAAAGUCGUUGUGGCGAAGAAAAGAAGCGAACUACUACGAGUUCAUCAGGAAACACGGAAGUCCAGAAGUCAUUUCUAAAAAUAUUGGUCGGUUGCUGUCGUUGGACAGAGACGAAGCGACGAUUGAGCGAGUUCGUGACGACGUGAGUGGAAUAGUUGCAAUCUUAGCUGAAAAAUUUGGUAAAAAGUCUCGGAAGGGUAAGAAGUCUGAUUUGGACUUUGUGAGAAUGGAUGUUAGCAAAAUGCAAAGAUUUCAACAAGAAAUUGUUAUUGACGUGAAAAACAUAAAGUUAUCGUUGGAAGAAAUCAAGGCAGUGGUUAGUCAAGUUGCAAAUAACAGCAGCAGCAAGAAAAGCAAUGACGUCACCGUAGAUGAAACCAAAGAGAGCAGCGAGGAAGAUGACAACUCUACUUCGAAUGAUGAAACAAAGAAUGACAACAGUAGCAGCUCUAGCGAUGAUGAUGAAGUACAAACUGAAAAAAAGGCAAAAACAAAACCACCUUUCCCUAAAAAACCUGAAAUCGCAUCAAAGAAACCGAUCAUCAAACCUCGAGUAGAUCGACCAAAAAAGGAACAAGUUGAAAAACUUCGCAAAAAGUUUGAGCAGACAACCGAGAACGUUGAUAAAGAAAGACGGCAUGACAGAAAGGAUAAGCCUGCGAAAGAAACAUACGAAGAAAAUGAUGAUCACGAUGAAAGAUAUGACAUGAUGCAAGGUGAAAAUAACACAGGGAGGCGGAAGAUAAGACAUCCCUCAUGGCGGUUAGUUGGCUUGUGCCAACCCACAAAUUUACCAACAAACACCAAUUUUUCACAACCAUGCUCACAUCAUGUGGGGCAGUCUCAAUAUCAAGAGCGAUCAGAUAUUCCAAUGCACUCAAAGAAGAAUGAAUCACGCAAGGUGACCUAUUUUGUCGACGAUCAUGAGUUCCAAAUGAGACCUGAUAGGGAUAAAAACAAUUUGAAAUGCUUACAGUUCCACCCAGAAAAGUCAACAGAAGUUUAUUUCGGCCAAAACUCUUCCGAAAACGCACAGCCACAUAACAACAACCAGUUUUCGAGCGACCGAAUAUAUUCCACGCCAAGAAGAAAGAGAGUGUCUUUCAAUGAGUUUGAUAUGGCAAGAACUUCUGAAAAACAACAUUCUGCAGACUCUUCAUCAAGAAGAAGAAUGAAGGCGUCAUCCUUCAACGAGUUUGAUAUGACCAAAAAUAAUGAAAAGCAGCACUUUGAGGGUCUUUCAACACGAAGAAACAAGAUGACUUCUUUCAAUGAAUUUGAUCUGAUGAACAAUGUUCAGAAACAACAAACUGGGGAAUAUUGCCAACCUUGUUACUGCGAAACGGAUGAUGGAGUACGAACAUGUCAUCACCACGACGUUCAAGAUACGAUUUCUACAAACAACGAAAGAGCCUUGUGGAAGAACACACAUUAUGAAGAUAGGCUUAACCAACCCCAGCAAACCUUCAGCAGCACCUUCUUGCAUUUCGAUGAUGAUUUAGGAUAUUGUUCCCAUUCUAUCCAACCAAACUUUUCACGAAACAGGCUAAGUGGUCGUCGUAGACCUGUUCAACAAGCACGAAAUGAAAACAUCGGUCCCAGGUGUAGGCAUUCUGACAGCCGGAUUGUGGAAAUACCUUACGUGGAGAGAAUCUAUCAUCCAGUUCCAGCGAUAAAUUCAGACUUUAGCAGCAGUGAAGGAAACUGAAGAGAACUGGAACCGAUAAAUAUUUCCUGGAGGAUUUGCAAGAGAUAUAAUAUAUAUAAGAAGAUGAUCAAUUGUAUAAAUGGAUUGUAUUUAAUUAGCGUAAUUUCAUGUUUAGCGAUUCAGCGAUUUCCCGAUCCCGUUACCUAAUUUUUCUUUAUUUUACCCUAAUGAAGUAGCCUACUGGAAAAUAGGCUUUGAAGUUUGAGUUAAAAGAAACGUCAGUGAUUCUAGGCUGUUGAUGAAACUUCCCUAUGCAUUAAUAUAUCGUAGUUAGGUUUUCGUCAGUGCCUAUUUAACAUAGACCAACAAAGCAUUAGAAGAGUUACACUGUCGCUUGUUCCACUACCAACGGUAAAGUGAAAAUGUGAUAAUCACAAAUACGGAAACGUCACCCAUUACGCCAUUGAUUCUGACUAUCAUUUAUGCUGACUUAGAUUUCAUCACUUCCAUGCCAUCCAUUUAAUUUUAAACGUUUUUUAGGUGUAAUAAAUUAGUGAUUAAAUUAGUUGUCAUGCAGUCCAUAGACUAAUGUUGCUUGUAUAUCAAAGUUAGCAAUAUCCAUUUCGGCAAAUGAAGUGUAAAUAUCUAAACUUAGAGAUAGACCAGAGGUAUUCGAGAUAAGAUACCAUGUAUAAAUAACAUCACCGAUUGUCCAUUUAGGUGUUUGCACCAGAGGGAAUCCACACGAAUGUAACUGAACUCCUUUUUUUUA